AGCAACGCACCCACCACCCGCAAAUCCCCCAGAUUCCAAGCCCAAAUCCAACGAAACGCUCUCCCACCCCUCAUCGCCACCGUGACUUUUUUAACAGCAGCGCCGCUCUCUCCCGGCGCCAUCCACCGCCAUGCCGCGCGGCCGCUCCACCACCACCACCACCUCCUCGUCGGCGUCCAACCCCUUCCACGCCUUCGCCUCCACCCUCCCCUUCCUCCCCUCCCCGUCCCCGUCCCCAACCUCCGCCUCGCCCUCGCCCUCGCCCCCGGCUCCCCACCUCGCCGUCCCUCUCAUCCUCCCCAUCACCUCCUCCUCCUCCGCCUCCGCCGCCGCGGCUUCCCCCGAGUCGAACCGUGGGGCGCGGAUGGCCGCGGCGGCGUCAGGCGGCAAGGCGGGGGGUGGAGGUGGUUUGGGGAAGGGCGGGGGCCCCGCGUUCGUGGGGCAGGUGUUCACCAUGCUCGACCCCUCCGGGAACGGCCUCAUGGCCGUCACCACCCGCUUCGAGCUCCCCCAAUUCCUCGCCAGCAGGACUCCUAUGUGGUUCAAAAGGAUCUUAUCGCCAUUGAAGAAGAGUGAAAAUGGUCCAGUAUUUAGGUUCUUUAUGGAUUUGAAUGAUGCAGUAUCUUAUGUUAAACGCCUAAAUGUGCCAAGUGGUAUGGUGGGGGCUUGUCGCCUUGAUGUGGCAUACGAGCAUUUCAAGGAAAAACCUCAAAUGUUCCAGUUUGUUCCAAGUGAAAAGCAGGUUAAGGCUGCCAAUAAGCUCUUAAAGUCUCUUCCUCAAAGGAGAAGAAGGAAAAAACUUGAUGGUGUCCCCGUCUUUAGUGCUCAAAACUUAAAUAUUGCCGUGGCAACGAAUGAUGGAAUUAGAUGGUAUACACCAUAUUUUUUUGAUAAAAACUUGUUGGACAAUAUUCUUGAAGCUUCAAUGGAUCAACAUUUUCACUCAAUGGUCCAAAAUCGCCACACACGGCGUAGGAGAGAUAUUGUUGAUGAUAGUUUGACAUCUGAAAUGAUGGAAGAAAGUGCAGACAGUUUCCUUGAGCCCCCAGAGGUACAAGAGUUGAUGAAUGAGAUUGGUCCAGUUGGGAUACCGCUAAAUGUUGUAACAAAAGCAGCGGAGAUUCAAUUUCUUGAUGUUGUUGAUAAAAUGCUUCUAGGAAAUAAGUGGUUGAGAAAAGCUACUGGCAUACAGCCACAAUUCCCCUAUGUCGUUGAUUCAUUUGAAGAAAGGACUGCUGCUGCAAUUGACAGGGCUGCUACUGCCAGUAGUAGUUUUACUGCUUCAAAGGAUGCUGAUUGCUUCCAAAUUAGUAAACAACCAGAAACUUUGGAGUCAGACGUUGAUAACAGCAACCGUGGAAAACAUGAAAACUCAAAUAAUGGCCAAUCUCACUUCCCAUUUAGCAACCUGCUUCCUAAUAUAUGGCCAGGUCAUGAUAGAAGUUUCAAAGCACAAGGAAGAGACAGAGCAUUCAGAAGAUGUGAUGCCAGCAUCAACAAUGAUUUACAAGCCAACCCACUUCUCCCCAAAAUCACGAUGGUUGGUAUCUCAAUGGGCGAAGGUGGACAGAUGAGCAAAGCCAACUUGAAGAAAACAAUGGAAGACUUGACUAAAGAGUUAGAACAAGCAGGCGAGAAGACUAUCUUUAGCGACGAGAAAGACCCACUCUUUGUUGCCAACGUUGGCGAUUACUCAAGGAUAACUAAGAUUAGCUCUACAUGAGACUGAUGAAGUGCUCCUGGUCCACAUUUCAGCUUAUGCACUUCGCACAUACUGAAUUUCUAACAAAACCAGCCAUGAUAGUCAAUGUUACAAUGCUAAUCUGGAAGAACAGGUUAUAGUUCUGUAAAUGUAUAUUACCACUUCCUAGGAUUUCCAGGUCUGGUAAAUCUGUAUAUUGCCACUUCUAGGAUUUCCGGAUAUACUUUGGUGUCAUAUGGUGGCUGUGUGCAUAGAAUUUUUUAUCAAUGUAUGUAGAGCAGAGUCCAGAAAGCAAGAAAAUAUGUUUUGUUUUCUGAAUUAGUUAUGUACUAGAUGGCGAGUGAAUAUAUAGCAUUGGAACAGCAUAUUCUUUAGUUC